AUGGCUGACUCGCUGUUACUGUUUAAGAGGGGUCCUUCUCGCUCCACAUGGCUGCGGGCCCGCAAGGCCCGGCCCCACCUCAUCCUCAGCUACCGGCCCCGCCGCCGGCUCAGGAGGCUGCGCUGGCGCGGCCGAAGGCGCUUUCGGCGGCGAUUGCUGCAGGCCCAGGCGGCCGGCGCGGACUGGCGGGAGAGCUGCUGCCUGGUGUCGCGCUCGGCGGCGCCCCGGAGGCCCAAGACCGCGGCCCCCAGCCCCCGCCCGGCCGAGGAUCCGGCCCCGAGUUGUUCCGCGCUCCUCCCCAUCCCGCCAGUGCGGUCGGCCGGCUCGGGCCGCGCCGUGUUGCUGCUGCCGCUGGGGCAGGGCUUUACUUUUAGCGGGAUCUGUCGUGUGACCUGCCUCUAUGGCCAGGUGCAGGUGUUUGGUUUUACCAUCAGCCAAGGCCAACCUGCCCAAAAUGUCUUCUCUACCUAUACCCACUCUCGCCUGACUAUCAAUGCAGUUCAUUACUCAGUGCAUGAGAAAAGCAAGAAAGAGAUGAAAAGGGAAGCCCGAAGUUUGCUCAGAUCUUAUCUGAACCAAGAUGACAGAUAUUGUUUGAUGAAGAAUUUUUCUCCUCUGUGUUCCAUUCUGUUGCUGGAACGUCUGAAAACCUCCACUGUGAACUUCAUAAUCAGCCAUCCAGGUUUAUCUUACGUUUUCGUACAAGAGAUUCCGACUUUCCAGAUUAACUCUGAGUAUUUCGCCUUGAAAUCUGUCGGCAUUAGAAGAGAGAGAAAAAAAAACGGCCUUCGUUUAACCGAGAGUGCCUUUUCAGUCAUGGAUGAGUUAGUCAGCAUUUCUUGUGAAGAAGCAGACGGCUGCCCUGUCAUUCUGGUUUGUGGCUCUCAGGACAUUGGAAAGUCAACAUUUAUUAGAUACCUGAUUAACCAGGUGUUAAAUAGUAUAUCCUGCAUUGACUAUUUGGAAUGUGAUCUGGGACAGACAGAAUUUACUCCGCCAGGUUGCAUUUCUCUACUUAAUGUUACAGAACCAGUUCUAGGACCACCUUUCACCCACCAGAGGACACCCCAGAAAAUGGUCUAUUAUGGGAAGCCUUCUUGUAAAAACAACUUUGAAAAUUAUAUUGAGAUAAUAAAGUAUGUGUUCAGCUCCUACAAGAGAGAGUCCCCGCUUAUCGUCAACACGAUGGGCUGGGUGGCAGACCAGGGUCUCCUGCUUCUUAUUGACCUGAUUCGACUGCUGUCGCCCAGCCACGUCGUUCAGUUCAGCUCCGACCGGGGUAGGUACAUGCCAGACCUCAGCCCAAGCUACGUGGACGACAUGGACGGCUUGUACACAAAGAGCACGUCCAAAGUCAGAAACAGAGGAUUCCACCUGGCAGAAUUUGCAGACAAUUUGGAAUUUGCUGACGAAGAAAAGGAGAAUCCAGUUCUGUUUACUGGAUACAAACUGAUGUCAGUUAAGUCGGAGUUUGUGUCUGGAAAAACUCCAAGAAAUAGAGAAUCACAUAACAAAGUCCUUCGCGAGUUGGCAGUGCUGAGUUACCUUGGCCAGUUGCAGCCCCCAGUGCCAAAGCCACUGUGUCCCUUACAUGGUCUGACACCCUAUCAGGUCCCUUUCAACGCCGUCGCACUCCGGAUUAUCCACGCUGAUGUCGCUCCUACCCACAUAUUGUACGCUGUGAAUGCCAGCUGGGUUGGGCUUUGCAAGAUCCUGGAUGAUGUCAGAGGACAUGCACAUGGGCCCAUCCUGCUUGCCCAGACACCCAUCUGUGAUUGUUUGGGGUUUGGAAUUUGUAGAGGGAUCGACAUGGAGAAGAGGCUUUACCACAUCCUCACUCCUGUGCCCCCGGAAGAGCUAAGAAACGUGAACUGUCUGCUGGUUGGAACCAUUUCCAUUCCACAGUGUGUUCUCAAGAGCCAGCGUGGGCUCGAAGGGACGAUACCUUACAUCACAACAGAUUAUAAUUUUAAACUUCCUGGAGCAUCAGAGAAAAUUGGAGCAAGAGAAAUUGAGGAAACACGUAAAGAGAAAGUACACCCCAAACCUAAAUUCUAUCGAAAAACAAACUGAUCCUGAUGUUCUUAAUAAGGGAAGGACCUUUUCUACCGAGAGCUUGACUCUGUCUCCAGGCUGGCACCAGCGGACUGAUGGGGUUCUGUGGCCACAAACGGAACGGCGCGCUUACGUAGCAAACGGUGCAGUGUUUGCUGCAUAACUCGUGGAUAUGUUUAGAGUACAUUUAAGUCUGUUCUUAAGUCGACAUGACCUAGAGGUUUGCCCUAGUCUUCUGUUUUAUUUUCUAAGGGAGUAAAGCAGCAGGGAAAAGUUUGUGCGCCAUUGAAACAGAAAGAACAUGGUAGAUUCCUCAUAAAGUUUUUCCAGGACCUGGUUGUUGGCAUCUGGAUAAAAAUAGAGUAACAGGAGCCACAGAAACGUCCCAAGGAGGAAGGCAGGCUGGCCAGCAGGAUGGAGAGCAUAACGGAAUAUGGUGGCGCCCUGUGGUCCUUGCCCCGGGGCGGGGGCCAUUCCCAUCCCUGCUCAUUGGAUGCUCUCCAGCCCCUUCCACGCAUGUGGGCCAAGGGUUAAGCCUCUGUUUGGUCUGUUAAAGUUAAUCAGGGUUUCAGAGAUAAAAGUCUGACUCCAGA